CCCGGGCUCGGCCGGAGUGGGGAACCCGGACCGAGGGGAGAGGGCUUCCCGGAGACAAAGGCUCUGGCCUGGGGCCGUGGGCGUGGGCCGGCGCCUCUGGGGUCUUUGUGCCGACACGUGCAUCUCGCGUUUGUGGGUCUUUCCCCCACCAUGCCGUGGCCCCUGCUGCUGCCCGUGCUGCUGCUGCUGGCCACGAGCGGGGCCCAGACAACCCGCCCAUGCUUCCCCGGGUGCCAGUGUGAGGUGGAGACCUUCGGCCUCUUCGACAGCUUCAGCCUGACGCGAGUGGACUGCAGUGGCCUGGGCCCCCACAUCGUGCCCGUGCCCAUCCCUCUGGACACAGCCCACCUGGACCUGUCCUCCAACCGGCUGGAGACGGUGAACGAGUCGGUGUUGGCAGGGCCGGGCUAUACCACGCUGGCUGGCCUGGAUCUCAGCCACAACCUGCUGACCAGCAUCUCGCCCACUGCCUUCUCCCGCCUCCGCUACUUAGAGUCUCUCGACCUCAGCCACAACAGCCUGGCGGCCCUGCCGGCCGAGAGCUUCACCAGCUCACCUUUGAGUGACCUGAACCUGAGCCACAACCGGCUCCGGGAGGUCUCAGUGUCCGCCUUCGCCACCCAUGGCCAGGGCAGGGUGCUGCAUGUGGACCUCUCCCACAACCAUAUCCGCCGCCUCCUUCCCCACCCUGCACAGGCCAGCCUGCCCACACCCACCAUUCAGAGUCUGAACCUGGCCUGGAACCAGCUCCGCUCCGUGCCCGACCUCCGCGCCCUGCCCCUGCGCUACCUGAGCCUGGACGGGAACCCUCUGGCUGCCAUCGGCCCGGGCGCCUUCACGGGGCUGGCGGGCCUUACACAUCUGUCGCUGGGCAGCCUGCAGGGUCUCCCCCAGCUGGCGCCCUAUGGCUUCCGUGAGCUGCAGGGCCUGCAGGUCCUGGACCUGUCAGGCAACCCCAAGCUCAUGUGGGCCGGAGCUGAGGUGUUCUCAGGCCUGGGCUCCCUGCAGGAGCUGGACCUGUCGGGCACCGGCCUGGUGUCCCUGCCUGAGAUGCUGCUCCCCCACCUCCCAGCGCUGCAGAGCAUCAGCGUGGGCCAGGGUGUGCGGUGCCGGCGCCUGGUGCGGGAGGGCGCCUACCCCCGGCUGCCCAGCUCCAGCCCCAAGGUGGCCCUGCACUGCAUAGACACCCAGGAAUUGGCUGCCAGGGGCCCCGACAUCUUGUGACAAAUGAUGUGGCCUGGGGCCACAUAACAGACUGCUGCCUUGGGCUUACUCAGGUCCUGGGUAGUUUAGAUUUUAAUGUGCCAAUGCCAGGGGGGACUCUGCAGGCCUUUAUGGCAGCAUCAUUGAAAGAGAGGCUUGGACCUGAGACCAACACUCAGGAGCAAAGUCUCACCCCUUUGUCUAUGUUGCCCCCCAAACUAUAAGCAGAGGGUCUUCCAUGCCAAACCAGACAGCAGUUCCCUGCUGUCCUUCCCCACUUGUCCCCAAAGUGCCUUCCCUCAGGCCUGGGCCAGCCUGACCCACGACAGGAGAAUGGUGGGAGGAAGAUCCCACUGCGGGGCAGAGGUCAGGUCCACGGCUGAGCGCCCCUUAGGGCCCAUGGUCCAGCCACUCGGGCACGGGUUUCUUUUACGACAAAGCCCCCUCUUUGUUCUGGGCACAUGAGGUCCACUUCAGCCUUUUCUUUUCCCCUAGAAUCCUGGGUAGAACUUUAGUUAUAGAAAGGACUGGAGAAAAAAUCAAGUCCACCUCCUCAUGUGACAUAUGGGGAAACUGAGGCCUAGAGAAGGAAAACUGCUGAUCAGAGGCACCACGGUGGCAGAGGCAGGAUUGGACCCAGCGUCCUGCCUCCCAGCCGGGCCCAUUUGCACUUUUCCGACUUCUCCAAAUCAUGCCCUCCCCUCCCCUUUCUGGGCUCCCCCUUGCUGCCAGGACCCACAUCCUGCUGUUUGUGCCCUCUCCCUGUCAUCCCCAGGACAGGCAAGGGCCUUGGAGGUGGGACUCUGGGCCCAGUGACCCACUGUGUGGCACAAGCUAAGUCACUUCACCUCUCGGAGCCUCUGGAAGCUUCAGGCUUUUGAGGCCCAGCCCUGGCCAUUUCCCACUCUGGGGUGGGGUCCCCCAGCAUCAAGACUGGAUAUGCACCUUGAGGGACAUGCUCCCCAAGGAGGUGAUGCAAUCCUGGCCCCCCACCUGGCCAUGAGCUCCAAGGGGCCUCCUGGGUUCAGCCCCCACUGGUCCUGAGCCCAGCAGACCCCAAGAGUCCAUCUCACCCUACUGAGGAUGCAGCAGAAGGAGGCAGAGGAGCCCCUACCCAUGUUUAUGCUCCCCAACCCCAGGGCGGCAUCUCAGCUUCCCAGCCCUGGGCUCUUCCCUUAGUCUUCAAAAGUUGUUGCCUUUUUAAUGGACUGUCACUUUCAACCACCUCACCCCCCACCCCUGCUGGCAGGGGAUGGAAAUGUGUCAUUUGUAAAAAGAAACGGUUGCAUUUGUUCACUUUUGUAAUAGUGUGUCCUGGGGAUUUGCUGGGAGGAGGAGGUGGUGGGUGGAAGCCAGCCAUCAUGGCCAUGUGGGCAUCAGAGGGCUGGUCCCACAGAGACACCCACAGGACAAUGAGGGCUCUGUCCUCCCCCACCAGCCCCACCCAGCACCUACCGGUCCUUGGUUUAAUAAACACUAUAAAGAGUCCCUCUUUC